AACUUUUCCCUGAGUUUAUUUUAUUUCCUUCUUCGAUCUUGCUGGUAAACCUUGGAUGGCAGGCGAAUGGGACGCGCAAGGGGUUGGGUCCCAAAAAAAGAAGAUUCGGCCACGCGAGAAGGCGAGAGCGCGAGAGGAGGGGUUCCGGAAGUUGCGGUAUGUAACUAGAUGUGAGUCAAAGCACUCGAAGAAUUUCUCAAGCGCAAAAGUGGAUAAAUAGACAGUCGUGUCUCCGAUGGAGCAAUGGAGAUGAAAAAUUCACAAGGCGUGGAGAGAAAAUCAAAUCGGUCUGGCCGACCUGGAUGGAUAUGGUUGACUUUCUGCGGAUUUCCGGCGGCGACUCGAUCAGCUGCUUUUGCCUCUGCGCUGCGUUGCGUCGCCCACGCGCAGCGCGUUUGUUGUUGAUAGCGUGGGCCCAAUGAGGUUUAGUGCAGCGUUACGCGUGACCCCAUAACAAACAUUACAAUACUACGGAGUACACUACGAUAACAUUUACCUCUUGCUGCUCAGUCGAUCUGAUCUGGGGUUUGGACGAUGGCUGGAUAGGUCAAAUACAUCUGGGAGAAACCA